AUUUAUUUUGUUUCCUUCAUCAUAUAGACUUCCUAUUCACCUCUCAUCUCUCUCUCUCUCUCUCUCCUAAUUUCAAAAGUUCCACUUUUGAGAAUCUCCGGCCUUCCGCCGGAACCCCCCCCACACAUAUAUUUCGCCACUGGAUCUCUCUUAUAAUCUUCCCUAGGGUUUCCCAUUCUCUCUCUCUCUACAAUCUCGAUCCCCACUCCUUCGAUCCGAUUUCGACAUCAUUGAUUUAUAUAUAUUUGAAUUUGUGUUUGUUUGUUCGUUUGAGUGAUUGAUUCAGCGAAUCCAUGGAUGCGAUCGAGGAAUUGGCUCAGCUUUCCGAUUCUAUGAGGCAAGCUGCUGCGUUACUUGCCGACGAAGAUGUUGACGAAAACUCACCGUCCAGGCGGAAGUCUACGUUCCUCAACGUCGUUGCUCUCGGCAAUACUGGUGCGGGUAAAUCAGCUGUUUUGAACAGUCUAAUUGGACAUCCUGCUCUUCCAACUGGUGAAGGUGGUGCUACUCGUGCUCCUAUAUGCAUCGAUUUAGCAAGGGAUAGUUCCUUAAGCAGCAAAUCAAUUAUUUUGCAGAUUGACAGCAAAAACCAACAGGUUUCUGCAAGUGCUCUUCGGCAUUCUUUACAGGAUAGGCUAAGCAAAAGUUCAGGGAAGAGUCGCGAUGAAAUAUUUUUGAAACUCCGCACUAGUACAGCUCCACCAUUGAAAUUAAUUGAUUUACCGGGAGUCGAUAAAGGAAGUUUUGAUGACUCAUUGAGUGAGUAUGUAGAACACAACGAUGCGAUAUUGCUAGUUGUAAUACCUGCUGCCCUGGCACCAGAAGUUUCCUCAUAUAAAGGCCUCAGACUUGCGAAGGAAUAUGAUGGAGAAAGUACCAGAACUAUUGGUGUUAUUAGUAAAAUAGAUCAAGCGGCUACAGAGCCAAAAACCCUUGCAGCCGUUCAGGCUCUUCUACUGGGUCAGGGACCACGCAGUACCUCUGACAUUCCCUGGGUUGGUUUGAUUGGUCAAACAGUUGCAAUUGCUUCAACACAAUCAGGCAAUGUUGGGUCUGAAAGCUCGUUAGAAACAGCUUGGCGUGCUGAGAGUGAAAGUCUAAAAUCUAUACUAACAGGAGCCCCUCAAAGCAAGCUUGGCAGAUUAGCUUUGGUGGAGACCCUUGCUCACCAAAUUCGUAACCGUAUGAAAGUCAGGCUUCCUAAUCUUCUCUCAGGGCUUCAGGGAAAGUCUCAAGUAGUGCAAGAUGAGUUAGUAAGGCUUGGUGAACAAAUGGUUAAUAGUUCUGAAGGUACAAAAGCUUUGGCAUUGGAGCUUUGCCGUGAAUUUGAGGAUAAAUUUCUCCUACACAUUACAACUGGUGAGGGUAGUGGUUGGAAAGUUGUUGCUAGUUUUGAGGGCAACUUCCCUAACAGGAUUAAACAGCUGCCUUUAGACAGACAUUUUGACUUGAACAAUGUCAAAAGGAUUGUGCUUGAAGCAGAUGGUUAUCAACCCUAUCUUAUUUCCCCUGAGAAAGGAUUGAGGUCUUUAAUAAAAGGUGUUUUAGAGCUGGCAAAAGAACCUGCACGUCUUUGUGUUGAUGAGGUGCACCGCGUACUCGUGGAUAUAGUUACGGCAGCUGCAAAUGGUACACCAGGUCUUGGAAGAUAUCCUUCUUUUAAGAGAGAGGUUGUGGCAAUUGCAAGUGCGGCAUUGGACGGUUUUAAGAAUGAAGCAAAGAAUAUGGUGAUCGCUCUUGUUGAUAUGGAGCGUGCAUUUGUUCCUCCACAACACUUCAUCCGUUUGGUACAGAGGCGGAUGGAUAGGCAGCGGCGAGAGGAUGAGCUAAAAAACCGAUCUUCUAAAAAGGCACCUGAUGCGGAGCAAUCCAUGUUAAAUAGGGCCACUAGUCCUCAAACUGGGGGCCAGCAAACUGGGGGAAGCUUAAAAUCAAUGAAGGAUAAACCCAGUCAGCAAGAUAAGGAUGCACAAGAGGGAUCAGGCUUGAAGACUGCUGGGCCUGAUGGGGAGAUAACAGCAGGUUUCUUAUUGAAAAAAAGUGCAAAAAAGAAUGGGUGGAGUAGAAAAUGGUUUGUUUUAAAUGAGAAAACUGGAAAGCUUGGAUACACCAAAAAGCAGGAAGAAAGACAUUUUCAUGGCGUUAUCACCUUGGAGGAAUGUAAUAUUGAAGAAGUGUCUGAUGAAGAAGAGGCCCCUUCAAAAAGUUCCAAGGACAAAAAGGCGAAUGGACCAACACCCAGUCUUGUAUUCAAGAUUACAAGCAAGGUUCCAUAUAAGACUGUUCUUAAAGCUCACAGCGCUGUUGUGUUGAAGGCUGAGAGUCCGGCGGAUAAGGUUGAGUGGUUAAAUAAGUUAGGAAAUGUGGUCCCUGCUUCUAAAGGAGUUCAACUGAAGGGUGAAUCUGGUGUUUCAAUGCGGCAGAGUCUUUCUGAUGGUUCACUUGAUACAAUGGCAAGACGACCUGCUGAUCCAGAGGAAGAACUUAGGUGGAUGGCCCAAGAAGUACGUGGAUAUGUUGAAGCUGUUCUGAACAGCCUUGCGGCCAAUGUCCCGAAAGCAGUGGUUCUUUGCCAAGUGGAGAAAGCCAAGGAAGACAUGCUUAAUAAGUUGUACAGUUCAGUCAGUUCUCAAAGUACAGCAAGGACUGAGGAGUUGCUCAUGGAGGACCAAAAUGUAAAGCGCAGGAGGGAACGUUAUCAGAAACAAUCCUCUCUUCUUUCGAAGCUCACUAGACAACUGAGUAUUCAUGACAAUCGAGCAGCUGCAGCAUCUGGCAUGUUGGAUGCCGAUAAUGGCCCAGAAAGCAGUCCAAGAACAAGUGGACCCGGUGAGGAUUGGAGAAAUGCAUUUGACGCUGCAGCCAAUGGUCCAACUGACUCAUACAGUGACUCAUCUAGGUACGGGUCCAACGGUCACAGUCGUAAGAGCGACCCCUCCCAAAACGGCGAUCUAAGCUCAGGCUCCAAGUCAAGCAACCGACGCUCCACCCCUAACCGGUUGCCUCCAGCACCACCCGGCUCUUACAAGUAUUAGACAAAUUUCAGGACAGAUCAAAUUCAUGCAUUCUUGUCAGGUGAGUGUUUGCGCUCUUGCUCACCCCAAAAUUUGAGCUCUUGUUGAGCUCAAAUUAUGUUAUGGUAGCUUUUGUAUAAUUGGAAAUGUGUCUGUAGAUAGAUUGCAGUUAUUAUUAUUAUUAUUAUUUUUUAAAUUUCUAAUGUUCUCACAGCUGCUGGAUUUUGAGGUGUACCAAAUUCAUUGAGAUUUCUCCUUUUUUCUCUUUUGAGGGGUUGCCAUCUGUUUUCCUAUCUAUGGUGGGUGCUACAUAUGUAAUUCUAUCAAACUUCAUUGGGGAAAAAAAAAAAUCCCUUCUUUCAUAUUUGUUUGUUA